CUUAUGCCACUCCCUCCUGUAUCUCCUCUGCCGGACUCAUUUAUUAAGGAGAUGGAGGGGGGGAAAUAAACGAAGCGGCUAAAAAUGCCCUAAAUCCCACAAACUAACAGUGAAAAGCCCUACUAAGAGAAGCACGCCCGCAGCUUGUGUGUGAACUGCGCACAGCUGCCUCGCAACUGCUGGACAAGUUGAGGGAGAAGCAACAUCUGUAAAACUUGGACACCAGAAGGAGGAGGGAAAGAAUAAGAGGAGGAAGGAGGAAAAUGCCAGUGUAAGAGAACGAAGAGUCCUGCAGAGAAACUUUGAGAAAGCACAUUGCUCUACACAGGGAAGUUGCAAGUUAUGAGAAGACAACAUGGAGGCGCAGUCUCACAACACUACCAUGAGUGAAAAGAAGAAAGUGGAGAACUCCAUAGUGAAAACUCACACUAGGACAGACGUGAGUGAGAAGGCCGUUGCUUCCAGUACAACCUCUAAUGAGGAUGAAAGUCCUGGACAGACGUUUCACAGGGAAAGAAGGAACGCAAUUGCCAUGCAGCCACAAGGAGGACAAAGCCUUGGUAAAAUCAAUGAGGAGCCUUCUACAUCUAGCGAGGAGAGGAUCUCUUUAAUAAAGAAAGAGAUUCAUGGAUCUAUUACACACUUGCCUGAACCCUCUAUUCCAUACCGGGGCACUGUAUUUGCAAUGGACCCACGAAAUGGUUAUAUUGAUCAUCAUUAUCAUACACCUCAUCUGUUUCCUGCUUUUCACCCCCCUGUGCCAAUUGAUGCAAGACAUCAUGAAGGGCGUUAUCACUACGAACCCUCUCCUAUUCCUCCACUGCAUGUGCCUUCUGCAUUAGCAAGCAGCCCGACAUAUCCAGAUCUUCCAUUCAUAAGGAUAUCUCCACACAGGAACCAUGCAACAGUAUCAGACUCCCCUUUUAGUCCUCCUCAUCCUUACAUCAAUCCCUACAUGGACUAUAUUAGAUCUUUACACAGUAGCCCCUCACUUUCCAUGAUUUCAGCAGCUCGUGGGCUCAGCCCUACUGACGUUCCACAUGCUGGUGUGAGCCCUGCUGAAUAUUACCAACAUAUGGCCCUGCUCGCGGGACAGCGCAGUCCCUACGCUGACAUCAUCACUUCCCCAGCCGCUCCAGGUGCUGGAGCCACGGCCCUUCAUAUGGAGUAUCUUCAUGCUAUGGAAAGUUCAAGAUUUCCCAGCCCUAGGCUCACAGCCCGACCGAGCAGGAAACGAACGCUGUCUAUAUCCCCACUCUCUGAUCACAGCUUUGACCUUCAGACCAUGAUCAGAACAUCUCCAAACUCUCUAGUUACUAUUCUCAACAACUCACGUAGCAGCUCCUCAGCCAGUGGCUCUUAUGGACAUUUAUCAGCAAGUGCAAUAAGCCCAGCAUUGAGCUUUACAUAUCCACCUACCCCAGUGUCCUUGCAACAGAUGCAUCAGCAUAUAAUAAAUCGACAGCAUAGUAUAGGCUCAGCAUUUGGACACAGCCCCCCACUUAUGCACCCUGCACCCACAUUUCCCAGUCAGAGAACCGUUCAAGGAAUUCCUAGUGUCUUGAAUCCAGUGCAGGUCAGUGUGGGUCCAUCAGAAGUCACACAGCAGAACAAACCGACAAGUGAGUCGGCAGUGAGCAGCACAGGGGAUCCAAUGCACAAUAAGCGCUCCAAAAUCAAGCCUGAAGAUGAGCUGCCCAGUCCUCUUGCAGGGAGCAUACAGGAUCAGCCAGAUGGAAUGACUCUGGUGAAAGAGGAGGGGGAUAAAGAUGAAAGUAAACAAGAGCCUGAAGUAGUCUAUGAGACAAACUGCCAUUGGGAAGCCUGUUCCAGAGAGUUUGACACACAAGAACAGCUAGUGCAUCAUAUAAACAACGAUCACAUACAUGGAGAAAAAAAAGAAUUUGUAUGUCGAUGGCUGGAAUGUUCUAGAGAGCAAAAGCCAUUCAAGGCUCAGUAUAUGUUGGUGGUCCACAUGAGGCGACACACAGGGGAGAAGCCACACAAAUGCACUUUUGAAGGGUGUGCAAAGGCUUACUCCAGAUUAGAAAACUUGAAAACUCACUUGCGAUCUCACACUGGAGAGAAACCAUAUGUCUGUGAGCAUGAGGGCUGCAACAAGGCUUUCUCCAAUGCAUCAGACAGAGCGAAACACCAAAACCGAACUCACUCUAAUGAGAAACCGUAUGUGUGCAAGAUCCCUGGCUGCACUAAACGUUACACAGAUCCGAGCUCUUUGCGAAAACACGUAAAAACAGUCCAUGGUCCUGAGGCGCAUGUAACAAAGAAACAACGGGGCGACAUCCACCCAAGGCCUCCCCCACCACGAGAACCAGGAAGCCAUUCACAGUCCCGGUCUCCAGGCCACCCAAUUCAGGGUGUGCAUGGUGACCACAAGGACCUCAAUAACACUACCUCAAAGCAUGAAGAUUGCCUCCAUGUGAAAUCAGUGAAGACUGAAAAGCCAAUGACAUCUCAGCCAAGCCCUGGUGGUAAGUCUUCAUGCAGCAGCGAGCAGUCCCCCAUCAGCAACUAUACCAACAGUGGGAUCGAGCUUACUUUGAAUAAUGGAGGCAGCAUAGGAGACCUAAGCACCCUGGACGAUACCCCAAUCAUGGACUCUACCAUUUCCACAGCAACCACAGGACUUGGUUUACAAAGCAGAAGGAUCAUGACAGGAACCAAAUGGAUGGAACAAGUCAAAGUAGAAAGAAUAAAGCAGAUAAAUGGAGUGCUUCCAAGACUGAACCCAGUUCCACCUUCAAAGACACCAUCUUUGCCACCAAUCACUGGAAAUGGUUUGCAGUUUGGCAGCAACAUACAUUUGGGAGGAUCCAUGGCUGUAUUUCCAAAUAGGAAUGAGCUUUCAAGCACAGACAUCACAGUACUGAAUAUUUUGAACAGCAGGAGGGACAGCAGUACGAGCACAAUCAGUUCUGCAUACUUAAGCAGCAGCAGAAGGUCUUCUGGAAUUUCACCAUGCUUUUCCAGUCGAAGAUCUAGUGAAACUUCCCAGGCAGAAGGAAGACUACAGAAUAUAAGUGUUGCAGAUUCCUAUGAUCCCAUAUCCACUGAUGCCUCAAGGAGAUCUAGUGAAUCCAGUCAGUAUGAUGGGCUACCAAGUCUCCUAAGUCUUACUCCUGCACAGCAAUACAGGUUAAAAGCAAAAUAUGCUGCUGCUACAGGUGGUCCUCCGCCAACUCCACUGCCAAACAUGGACAUGAUAAGUCUGAAGACUAGAAUGGCAUUGCUGGGUGACAGUAGAGAUAGUAGAUUAUCUCCUCUUUCUUCAUCAAAUGUUCCUAGAAGGUGUAGUGAUGGUGGGGUAGGCACUUUUGGAAGAAGACAUUUUAUAUCCAAUGAGCUUCAAGGGAAUGCAAUGCGAAGGGCAAGUGACCCUGUAAAAAUGGUUUCUGCAAACUUGUCUACUGGUAGAGUUCAGCGGUUCAACAGCCUAAACAGCAUCAGCACUCACGAUGUGGCUCCGCCUGUGGAAAGGCGCAAUUUAGCCCUGCAAAACUAUACUCGUAGUGUCUAUUCUCCAUGUCCUCCCAGUAUAAGUGAAAAUGUUGUUUUGGAGGCCAUGAUUAUGGAAGCAGAAGGAAAUCUGGAUGAUGAAGAUUUCUUACCAGAUGAUAUGGUUCAGUACCUUAAUUUGCAAAACCAAAGCCUGUACGACAACUCACCAAACAGUGAGUUAGACAAACCACAAAACAAUGCAGCAACAGUAAGGACCAUUAACAACUAUGACCAAUCCCAAAUGAAUAAUAACUCAUAUAAUCAAGUUUUCCAAAAUGUGGAGCAGACAGAGCAAGGAAAUAAUAAGAAUGACCUACCUAUACAAUGGAAUGAAGUUACCUCAGGCAGUGCUGAGCAUUCCCCUUCUAGAGUUAGGUAUGGUCAUCGAUUAAACACACAACAAAAUAGAGCUUUCGGAACAUACAAUAAUAUGAUGGUUCAGCAGCAAAUGAUGUCAAAAUGUGGACAAUUACAGCAAAAAGGAUAUCAAAAUAUGCAAAGUAAUCCUCAAGCAUUACAGCAAAAUCUUAAUCUGUACAACAAUUCACUGUCUAUCAAAGAUCAGCAAUACCCAGUAACAGGUGGUUCCUACAAUCCAGCAAUCCGGGGGCAGAAAUUUACAGGCAGCAAUCAGAUGAAUAAUGGUCAGCAUAACAUUGUACCACCCAUUCCCUAUACUGAGCAGUCUAAUUCAGCUGACAUAGUCCAUAAUCAAAAUCUUCUAAAUGAAGACUGUCUACUACAGUUUGCAACUGAGAAUAUGAUCCAUGGCAUGCAUUUCUUAGGAAUGAAUCGAUCAAAUCAGACGUCCUUAGGUCAAAACGGUCACAGCAUGGAAGCUUCACAGGCCUUCCUAUCAACCUCACAGCCCAGUGGGAAUCAACAGUUCAGGAAUUACCAGUCCUGUGCAAGCAACCAACAGAUUUACAAAGCAAAUGGUAUUAAAGUAGAGGUACAGCCACAGCAACAUUGUGCCAAUCCACAAAAUUAUUCAGGUCAGUUCUAUGACCAAACCAUGGGAUAUACUCAACAGCGGGUGAAACCAGGCUCUCACACAAUGAAAGAAGCCAACUGUCUCCUAGAAGAUAGCAGUAAUAUCAAUGUAUCUGAGCUUCUUUCACCAGGAGCUAACAAAGUUACCAGCACAGUAAAUAAUAUUGAUAGCAGUAGUUUAGAUGGGGUGCAAAUUGAUUUUGAUGCCAUUAUAGAUGAUGGGGAUCAUGCUAGCUUAAUUUCAGGAGCUCUUAGCCCCAGCAUCAUCCAAAACCUGUCACGGAAUUCAUCGCGUCUUACCACACCUAGAGUGUCUCUUACAUUUCCAACCAUGCCAGUGAACACCAGUAACAUGGCAAUUGGGGACAUGAGUUCAUUGCUAACCUCACUUGCAGAAGAAAGCAAGUUUCUUGCUGUUAUGCAAUAGACUGGAGACUAGAACAAACUUAUAUAAUCAAGAAAGCAACUCCUUUUUUAUGUAUGUACGUAUUUUAGCAAUUUUAUCCCUAAUUAUUGGGAUACAUUCCAAGUAUGUUCCUUUUAUGGAAUAAAGACUCAAGCCCUAAAGUGUUGUAGGGAGAAAUAGUCUUCCAUUUCAAUUUUGGAUCAGUAUUGCCAACACAAAACCAUGUUUUUUUUUUAUUAUUUUUUGCCGAAUGGGUCUUUACACUUUUUGCUUAGUGUACGACAACAUAGCUGUGUAAUAUCUGUGCAUGUUUGACAUGUGAAAAAGUCUUAAUUAUGUUUAGUUGUUCUGUUUAGUCCGUUUUAAAAUCAGUAUUGUAUAAGGUGUAUUGUGUUUGGGAAAAUCACAACCUUGUUAGGGAAAAUCACAACCUCACUAGCUAUGGUGACUACUUUGCCCACUUCUUAUUUGACAACGCCUGUUCAUAUCAUAUACUGUAUGUCCUCACCUAGUUGCUAAAAGUUAACAUUUUUAUUUCUGCACAGCUAUAGAAGAGAACUUAUGUGUAUUAUUGGAGGUUGCAUGAAAAGUCAAUAUAUUGAUGACAAAAUCAAGUCCUUUUUGUAUGGUGUUGUUUUCUGUUUAUUUUGUAUGACACAGGUAUUUUUCAUUCAUAUUUUAACCCAGGGGCGCCUGUUUAUCUUAAGCAAUCAGUAUGUCUCACUAUUCCAGAUUUUCAAUAGGUUGCAGUCUUGACAUUUUGUCAUACUUGUUAUAGGCCACCCCUUCUACUGACCCGGAUAGUUGUGCUUACGUCUUCAUUUGUGAAAAAAAAGCAAUUUUUUUGUAGAAAGAAGGGAAGUACCCACUUUUAAUUAGUAGAACUAUUGUUAUUGUUACGUGCAUAAUGUAUGGUACUCUUAUAUAUGAUGGAAUGGUACAGUACUUGACUGUAAGUAGCACUGUGGACUUUAUUUCCCAAAGACACUUAGCUUGAAUUUUGUUAGUGCUUUUCACAAGGUACUGUGUUUACUCUUGCAUUAUUUUCUACUUUGCCUAUAGCCUAUUAUGUUGUCCAUAGCAUAUCAACAUUUUAGUACAUUCUUGAAAUGUAUGUGCCUUAUGUUUGUUUUUUGUUUGUUGUAUUUUUUUUUAAAUGGGGACCAAGAAUAUUGCCAAGCCUGUGAUCCUACUAGAGUUAUCAGUCAGCAAAUAGCACGCCACUCUUUUCAUAUCCAAAACAUUUUUACCCCAUGAGUGCUAAUUUUGAGACUUUAUAGAAUGGCCUUUGUAUGGUACAUCGUGAAAACAAUGUAAGAUAGAAAUAAGUUCUUUUUAUUUGUCACCUUUUUUUUUUUUUUACAAAUGUUUUUGUAUUGAAAUGUGUACUCUUUCUUUUCCUUUUCAUUUUUUUACUGUGUAAAUAUAUUAAAAGUGCGUUAGAGAUAGGAGUAUGAAUUUAUAGGCCUGCUAGCCAUAGUUCUAUGGAGACAUUCAAACGCCGUGGAUCCAAUAGUCUAAAGCCUUGGACCAGCCUGCUGGUUCUGAGCAUUAUGUACACAAUAAACGUACUUUAUGCUGUCAGAACCACUUAGCUUUUUUUUGUAACAAAAGGGAAAAAAAAACAAAUAAAAAAAAAUAUUCUUACCUUAA